GCACUUGGAAUUUGGUAAGUGAGCAUCAUUCACAUCGAAUCAGCAUAUCGGGUUGGAUUAACUAGAGAGGCGUCAGGAAUCGCGAAGUGUAUUUCAUCUGGAUACAAAGAGGAUCAAACUAGAAAAGGAGGAUUAGACAAGUUUAAAACUUUUACUUGUCCCAUUAUCAGUUGGUGUCACCAUGAAGUUAUCUGUGGUUAUCCUUUGCUCCUUCCUGAUCACCGGUGGAUUCACGAAAGAUGUUGGAAAGCGUAUAGAAGAUAAGAAAUCCGGUAAACGAGAAGCCCCGUCGAAAGCCUACCUUCCACCUCAUGCAGGUGGUGGACUAGGUGCAGGACCUAUCGGAUCAAUUGGUGGACAUGGCGGAGGCGGAUCCGGACCUCUUCUAGGACCCGGUCCUAUUGUUGGACAUGGUGGAUCAUUCAGUUCACAUGGUGGAUCUUUCGGUGGUUCAUUUGGAGGUGGACAAGGGGGAGCUUUCGCUAGCGGCCAUGGCGGUGGAUUCGGUGGUUCCUACGGCGGACUAGGAGUUCCACUGAAGGGUGGCGCAUCAUUCGGAGGUCAAGGGCCAACCGUUGAAACUUUCAUCAUUACAUCAGGCGGCGGCAAAGGAUUCGGUGGAAAAGGAGGCUUUUCUGGAGGACGUGUUGGUGGUUUCGGGGGUGGAAUUAAACUUGGAGGCGGCGGAUAUGGUGGCGGUUACGGAGGUGGUUCCUACGGAGGCGGUUCCUUUGGCGGUGGUUCCUUCGGCGGCGGUUCCUUCGGCGGAGGGAAGAUUGCUACAGUAAAAACCAUUGCCAUCCCAGUUGGAUUUGCCGGAAACUCUGUCGGAGGAGGAAUAGUAGCUGGCGGUCACGGAGGUCCUAUUGGUGCAGUACCAUUGGCUUUUGGAGGUGGUGCUCCCUUGGCGGGUGGUAAACUUGGAGGACUCGCUAUUGGAUACGGAGGACAAGGAUUAGGUGGACACGUCUUAGGAGGUGGUGGAUACGCAGGUGGUUUGGCAAGUGGUAUCGGAGGUGGAUAUGGAGGCGGUCUCAGUGGAGGACAUGGACUUGGUGAUGGUUAUGCCGUUGGUGUAAGUGGUGGGCCUGCACUAGGUGGAGGAUACGCGGCUGGCUUUGGAAGCGGUGGUAUUGGCGGUGGACAUGCAAUCAGUGGAGGUGCUUCUUAUGGCGCAGUUGGCGGCGGAAGUGCUGGAUAUGAUGCAGGAAGUUUGGUUGGCGAUGGGGGUCAUGGUGCCGAUUUGGGAAGUGGAUUAGGAGGCGGUCUGGGAGGUGGUUUCGGUGGUGGUCUUGGAGCCGAUUUGGGAAGUGGUCUAGGACAUGGCCUUGGACUCGUCGGUAUUGGACAUGGUGAUGCAGGUCUUGCAGGACUGGAAGGCGCUGGUCUAUUCUCAGGUGGCGCAGGAUAUGGUUAUGCAGCUGGUCAGGCCUUGGCUUCAGUAGCCUCUGUUGGCUUAGGAGCACAAUCUUUUGAUGCAGGUCAUUCAGCUGGUGCUAGUGGAGCUCCAUCUGGAUCAUAUGGUGUCCCACUUGCCCCACCACUUUCUUCGUAUGCUCCUCCAACCGGAUUAGGCGCGGGUGCUGGUUUGGAAACAUCUGGUCAUUCUAGUAGUGGUGCUGGAAUUUCAGCCGGCUAUGAAGCUCCAUCCUAUGCAGCUGGACAAAAGUCAUUGCGUCACUACAGUUCAGGCUCCAGCGUAGUUGAAAGUAAACCACUUGCUGUCACCCCCUCACCUACCUUGCACACUUCAUACUCAUCUUCGUCUGUUUCAUCGGGUGCUGGAUUUGGCCCAUCUAAAGCUCCAUUCCGUCCAUCCGUUUUUCUAGGUGCUACUCAUGAAUCUGCCGAUGGAUCGACUGGACAUUAUUCAGCUCAAGAAUUCGGAAAUGCUGGUGGCUCUUAUGCAUCACCUGCCCCUGAAUAUGGUGCUCCUGUUCACGGUGCUGGAGGUUUCGGUGGAGCUGAACAGAGUUUGGGCGAACAACAUAGCUAUGGGGCACCUCAAGCUAGUUUUGUUGUAGCUGAACGACACCAAGAAUAUAUUGCUCCAUCGGCGCAAGGUCUUAAAGGAGCAUCAUUGGGAAUCGGAGGAGGUUCAGGUGCUAGUGGUUUUGGUGCAACUAGCUUCGGUGCUCCGUCUGGAUCAUACCUUCCACCACAACAUGGUAAACCUGCAAGAGAAUAUUUACCACCAGGCCAUCAUUAGAGAUAACUUUUAUUAGGUGAUAUUAGGUCCGUUGUAUUGUUUCAUUUUUAAUAAUUAUUUAUUGUACAUAGCAUUUCCUGCCACUCUAGUAUUGUUUUAAGAUGUUUGUUUAUUGUAUAUUAUAUGGAAAGCUCAUUUUAACAUUCUAAAAUAAAUUCGAAAGAAA